GAUCUACCAAGAAUUGCACUGUAGUUUCCCACUCUCACAGAUUCAGUCCUCCCAAUUUCCGUGCAAAAAAUAAUAACUAAAAUUAAAAGAUAAUAAUAAUAUUCGGGAAAAAUAACAGCUGCAUCUUCAUUUGCUGCAAUUUCCGGUGGAUUGCGAUUUUGUGACUUGAAUCAUGUGGGGCACCAUUGCCAAUUUGAAAGACAACUUGAACAAGAUCGCUCUCGAUGUUCACGAUGACGAAGAUGAAAUGCUCCGCAUGUACGGUGGUGAAACCCCUGCUAACGGCGAGGAAUCUUCUGUCACUGAUCGUCGGAGUUCUAACGGCUUUGUGCGUUCCAAAUCGGCAAUUAAGUCGCCACUUUCAAAUGGCGUUGAUCAUGUCUCUCUUUCUGAGAUGGAACAAUACAAAGCGGAAAUCAAGAGACUUCAAGCCUCUGAGGCCGAGAUUAAAGCACUGUCAGUUAAUUAUGCAGCUCUCUUAAAAGACAAAGAGGAUCAGAUUGUUAGGUUAAAUAAAGAAUAUGGUUCCCUAAAGCAGAAUUUGGCAGCUACAAAUGCUGCUCUGAGUGCCUCCAGAAUUGAAGGUUCUAGAGCUUCUACAAGCGGCACUUCAUCAAUCAAGGAGCUUGCAGAUUCAGUUGAUGGAAAAAAUAGACCCUCAAAAGCUGUGCAGUAUUCGUCAGAAAUACGAAAGUUGAAGUUAGAACUAAAGCAAGAGCGUGAUCAAUUGGCAAAUAUUCUACUAAAAUUUUGUGAGGAACAGGAAUUGAGCAAGUCUUUCCAAGAGGAGCUUAAAAUGUUAAAGAUGGAAAGAGAAAGAACAUUGAAGGAGAUGAACAGAAUACAAAAUGAAUUGAAUGAGAAAGCAUCAGAAAUAAUGCAUCUGCAAUUUGAGUUGACUAGACGGCAAAAUGAAGAAACAGGGGAGGCUUUUGAUAGCAUGAAAAAACUAAUCAAAACCUUGGAGAAGGAAAACACCACUCUUAAGAUGGAGAAGAAUGAAAUUGAGACUGCUCUCCAAAAAAGCAGGAAGUCUUUCUCUGAGAAAACGUUGCCUGAUGCUUUGCAUACUCAGAAAAAGGAUUCAAGAAGCAUCAGUGAUAUGCCAGAUCAUUCUGAAAGUUUUCCCAGAAAGGAAGAAAUGGAAAGAUCCUUACAAAAGCUAAGUAAAGAUUUGAAGGAAACACAGCGGGACAGGGACAAAGCAUUGCAAGAAUUGAGCCGUCUUAAGCAGCAUUUGCUGGAAAAGGCAUCUGAGGAAGCAGAAAAAAUGGACGAGGAUAGUAAAAUCAUCGAAGAGCUUCGUGAUGGCAAUAAUUAUUUAAGGACUCAGAUAUCACAUCUUGAGAGCACUCUGAAGCAAGCAAUUGCAAGUCAGGAGGGACUGAAGAUGGCAAACAAUAAUGAACUUCUCAAGUCCAAGGAAAUUAUUAAUGACCUGAACAAAAAGCUGAAAAACUGUUUGAGCACAAUAGAUUCUAAAAAUGUUGAACUUUCAAAUUUACAGACAGCUCUUGGACAGUACUAUGCUGAAAUUGAAGCCAUGGAACAUUUAGAAGAGGAGUUGACCCGGGCAAGAGAAGAAGCAACUAAGCUUUCUCAACUGGUUAUAGAUGCAGAUCAGAGAGCAGAUGUAUUAAAGGCUGAAAAUGAAGAAAUUUUGGCUAAGCUUUCCCAAUCUGAGAAGGCACAAACUGAAUGGAGAAGUAGAGUAAGCAAGCUUGAGGAAGACAAUGCCAGAUUGAGGCGAGCUCUUGAGCAGAGUAUGACACGGUUAAAUAGAAUGUCGGUGGAUUCAGAUUAUCUUGUUGACAGGCGCAUUGUUAUAAAAUUACUUGUAACUUAUUUCCAGAGAAAUCACAGCAGAGAGGUUUUGGAUCUAAUGGUUCGCAUGCUAGGAUUCUCUGAUGAGGAUAAGCAAAGAAUAGGCGUUGCUCAACAAGGUGCAAGCACAGGUGUUGUACGAGGAGUUCUUCGGCUGCCUGGUCGCCUGGUUGGAGGCAUCUUGGGAGGAAGUUUGACGGAAGCAGCUGCAAAUGCAGGAUCUGAUAACCAGUCCUUUGCAGAUAUGUGGGUUGACUUUCUUCUCAAAGAAACAGAAGAAAGAGAGAAGGGAGAAUCAUCAGGAAAUACAGGUACUACACCCACUGAAAUUCCACAUGAUAAAAGUCCAAAUACUAUUUCUGCUAUUCCCCCACUUCCCAAUCAAAGGUUUGCAUCUGUUCCCCCACUUUCCAAUCAGAGGUUUGCAUCUGCUUUUCCAAUAAAUUCAACUAGUCAAAACAUUAGUCCUCUCCCUCCUAGCUAUUUUCAGCGUCCUGAAAAUUUUGGUUCCGAGUUCUCAACAGUUCCUCUUACACCAUCUGAUGCCAAAACUACUGGUUCAAACCAGCUUCCGAGAUACUGAAUAGACACAAUUAAUCUAAGGUAUAUAUAAAUAUAAUUGUUUGUUAAAUUGUAGGCAUGCGAUCUUGUUUUAUUAUUCCUUUUUCAUUCAACGAUGAGAUGAGAGUUCUUUUCACAAUAGGGGGAGGCAGGGGGUACUUCCAAAAGUCUUUUGUUUCCACUGCCUACGUUAUAUGUCAUUCUGUGUGCAUUCACGUAUAUAAUAUUGGGAAAAAAAUCCUGUUGUAGAUGUCAAAUAAUAUCAUUAUCUCUUCAAUAUUAUACUUAAACCAGUUAGCAGCUAUAAUUUAUUCCCUAUUCUGUAAUGCUGCAUGCAUAUUUAUUUGAUACGAUGUUGUAUUUGGGCAUUCAUCAUUUAUUCCAA